CAAAUGGCGGACGUAAACAUACCAGCAGCAUUGAAGGAGGCCCAUGUAACACAUCUCUUUUCGACAUGAAUAACGUCGAAUGUGAGCGUCUAGAUAGCUUAGAAGGCUGGGUCGCCGUUAAAAGUAACAUAUUCGAAGAACCUGAGGCGUUUAAGCUAGGUUUUAUCGUACAGUGGAACGUCACCGAGAGUAAAUUCGCAGUCACCUGUCACAAUAGAACAUUACAGCGACAGAGACGGAAAGCCGAACUUAAUGUCGGAGACCAAAACCAAACAAGCUGGGCCGGACUCUUUUCAGUGAACGACUUAAAACACAUUCAUCAACACCUAACAUGUGUUGGCGAUGUGUUGGCUGCUUGCUUUCCCGAUUUGUCGGAGUUCGAAGCUGGCAACAUUUGGGACUUGCUCUUUCCGAGUCGGAAGUCUUGUGAUGACGAGCAGAAGGACUUCGACACUCCGUGUAGGAAGCUGGAAAAGUACUUCAGCACCGCCAUUGACAUCUGCGGAAGGAAAAUAGUGCUCGACACGCUUUUCUCUCAUGAUGAGCGUGACGUGGACGACUACUUUGACAAUCUACAGGAGUUCAAGAGGAAGAGCAUGCACGAGGACAUGUCAAGGGCCAAAGGUCACCUGCGCCAGCUGCUGCAGAGUCACACCAGUGCUGACGGUAUGGUUGUGCUGCUCGCCAUCUACAUGGAAGAGGACGAGGCCUACCAGGACCUGGUUACUGUAGCCACUGCCUUCUUCCAGUACCUGCUGCAGCCUUUUAGAGACAUGCGAGAGCUGGCGUGCCUCUACAAAAUGGAGAUCCUGAAGUCUCUGGAGUUUGACGACUUGGGCCCUAAGAGGAUUGAAGCUCUGGAGAAGGAGGCGGAGGAGUGGAGGAUGAAAGCGGAGGACGCAGUUGCUUCUAUACAGGAUAUCACUGUUACCUACUUUGCACAGACUUCCAAAGCUUUGGCUGGCAUGGUGAAGCAGAUGGAGGAGGACAAGUGUCGCUUUGGAGUCGCUGCUUGGGCUUCUGCAGCUCCAAGACUCGAGAAGAUUCGCUUCCUGCUGGCCAAAGAAGCCCUGCAGCACAUGAGAGCAAUGGAGAUGUGUCAGAAUCGUAAGAAAGACAGCAUCAGAAAGGAGAUUGGCAGCUUGUAUGGUAGAGACCAGAACCAGACAGCUGAUUGUCCGCAAGACCAACAUCAGGUCAUUGUAGACAGGCUGGAGCUACAGUUCUACGAAACCCAUCUAGAACUGUACAAUACCAAGUUUGAGAUCCUAAAGAACGAGGAACAGCUGCUGGUGGCUCAGAUAGACAGCCUGCGACGUCAGAUCAGAGAACUGAAGGAGGAGGUUGUGUAUUAUGAUGUGUGUGAGGAUCCGGAGGAACUCCACAGCAUAGUUCACACAGGCCCUCAGCACGCUGAACCUCCAGCUGUGGGUCAGCUGAAAAGACGUCUGCAGAACCUGGAGAGCAAGAGAGGCAACAUCUGUGCCCGGCGAGCAUACCUGCGCAACAAGAAGGACCAGUGUGUGGAGGCCCAUGAGCAGAAACAGCGUACAGCCAAACACAGAUCUAUACUCUUCGCCCAGCAUCAUCAAGUCCACUUGAAACGAGAGAAAAAGAAGGAGGAGGAGCAGAGGAGGAAGCAGUGGGUGGACCAGGAGCGGGAGAAGACCCUGAGCAGAUUAAGAUCCUUCAGAGAGAAGCGACAGGGUCAGUACAUCCUAAAGACUCCUCAGUCUAGAACGUCUCCCACAGAGUCAUCCUGUCCUUCUCAGCCGCUAUCCAUCAUCAGCCUUGGCCCUUCUCCCUCCUGCGAUGCACCGUCCUCAAUAUGCCCUGCACCCAUACGCAAAAAAUCUCCAGUGAAAGCACAGCCUAAAGACAUCACGGUGCGAAUAGACUCUGCACCGCCACCUCAAUCUGCAGACACCUCUACUGUAGUAGCCCUUGCACCUCCUCCUCCUCCUCCUCCACCACCACCUCCCCCACCACUUCCAGACACUCUCUCUCCUCCACCAGUCUGCACUUCCUGUGAAGACAAACCGAUGCCACUCAGUGACAGAGAGUUGUCCCCUUUUCCAGCAAAGAGGACACUGACACAAAACAUAGGAACCAUGGAUCAAGUGUUAGCCUCACUGCAGCGUGGGCAGAGCCAGCUUAGAAAGGCACCCAGUCCCUGGACACCUCCCUCUGCUGGAGACCUGAGAAGCAGUCUGAUGUCCGCCAUCCGACAAGGAGUCACCUUGAAGAAGGUGGUUCAAGCAAGCUCCCAAGUCCAGAGCGGCAGCAGCAGCAGCAGCAGCAGAGACAAUGAACUGGAGCGCAGCAUCAAAGCUGCCAUGAUGAGGAUGAAGAAGGUAUCAGCCGACUCUGACGAAGAUGACAGAGGAGACGAGGAAACGCAGAGUGGAGACUGGGACAGCUGAGACACACACACACACACACACACACACACACACACACACAUACAUACAUAGCUGUUUUUCCAACACCUCUACUGCUUUAUUGACUAACACUUAUGUUGCGACCAGAAUUGUAUUUUGAGUUUUUCUGAAGUCGUCCUUAUACUUUUGGAAAAUUUGCGUCCAAAAUCACUCCAAUUUAACCUGAAAUGAAAUGUCACAUGCAGACUUUUAAUGAUCUUGCAUGUAUUUGCAAAUGAAGAGUUUAGAAGAGAAGACAUGAAGCACACAGUAAUAUGACUUCAGUGGGGAUUGGCUGGAUUUUGUCCAACCUGGGAAGAGAACAUCAUGAAGCCAGCAGGACCACAUCAGCUGCAAAAAGCAGAAACCCAAUCCUGCAUCCACCAAACCGGAUCCCCUCAACACCCUGACUGCGCCUAGAAAUUCUGUCUAUAAAAGUCAUGAAGAGUCGGUGACAAAGGGCAGCCCUGGCGGAGUCCAACCCUCACUGGGAACGGGUGCGAUGUAUUGCCGGGAAUGCCAACCCAACCCUGACUCCGAUCAUACAGAGAACGAAUAGCCUGAAUUAGGUGGUCCGAUACCCUAUGUUCCCGGAGUACUCACCACAGAAUUUCUCGAGGAACACGGUCAAAUGCCUUCUCCAAGUCCACAAAACACAUGCAGACUGGUUGGGCAAACUCCAGUGCACCCUCGACAGUUGGAACACACCCUUCGCUCACUCUUUUUAAAAUUGCCCAUUUGGAAUUUGCAGGAGAGCACCACACAUGGGACAUUGAAAGGUAGAAGAAAGGUUUAUUCUCUGAUGAAAAAAAUUUAACCUUGAUGGCUUCACCCAAGAUGUUUUCCACACAGCACAGUCAUGAUCUGGGGUGCUUCUUCUGUCAAUGGAACAAUGGAACUUUCAGGUUGUGCAGGGGCGUCAAACGACAGCUGGGUAUGUGGAGAUGUUGCAGAGGGCAUCCCUCAUGACUGUGUGGUCAUGACUGGCUUUGUCCAAACUGGUUGUUUGCAAUAAAUGGCUUACUCCAAUUUUUUUCGUCUCACUCCCUUUUCUUCUUUUUGCAUUUUGAAGCUCUGCUUAGGACCUCCUUGAUAUCUAACAGUGCAAAAUGUCAAUUCUUGCAAUUUUUCAACUGGUUUUAAAAUUUUGAUGUGUGUUUUCUCCCAGCAAAACGGUGACAUGCGCUGCUGUUUCACAAUUGUCCAUUUGGGGCGCAGUUGAGCAUUAAUUGUCCCAAGACAGAAUGAAGAAAUGUUUAUCCUUUAAAUGUUUAAAUGUUGUAACGGCACGGCUGCCUUACAUUUUGGGAUGUAUGGCGUGUGAGGAGCAGCUUGUUUUAUUAAUAAUAAAUCAGAUUGACUGAUGGACGUGAGUGUGUGGGUCUGUCAUGCCCUCGUGAUCUGAUGUUCCGUCCAUUGAGUCAGCUCACCUACCGUGAAGUGUGUCUUGUCAACCUGUGAGUGGACUUCAGAGGAUUAGCUGCCCACAUGAAGAUGAUGAGUCAUCUUUGAUACGCGUCCUGGCAGCUGUCGCUCUCCAGCUGCAACGGUGAUGAUGGAGGGAGCUCCUCCUCCUCUUGUGAUUCAGGUGCAGCAUCGGUCAAGCAACUGGAGGAAGAGCGCACAAAGGCAGCUACUUGGGGCCAAGCCACCCACUCUGAUUGUCAACAUGAGAAUCUGCAGCCUGUUACUAUGGCAACAGUCUCCCGGUAGUGGCCUGCAAUGCCGUCUCACGGACACGUGCUCAGAGCAGCAUCGUUGCUAACGUUUCUCCAGCUUGCCCGCUCAGGAGAAAAAAGUCAAGGGACAGCCACCAUGUUGAAAUGAAGUCAAGGUCAAAAGUGUUUGUUUUAUUUUCUUUUAUUAUCAGUCACAUUCUCUGUUGGACUCAUUUGUUUAUUUUAAUGUGCUAAAAUACCAGCUGUGUCACUAAAUCUGCCAACAGAACAAGAAAAUGUGACUUGCCAAAACGCCGUUUUACUUGUUUCAAGCAGUUUGGCAAAUCACGUUUUCUUGGGCGGCUAUAGGCCAUACUCGUGUUACGCAGGGAUGUCCAAAGUGCGACUCGGGGGCCAAUUUGCGCUGGCAGCUUGUUUUUUAUCGGCCUGUGGCACAUUGUAGAAAUAAAAUUAAAACAAAAAACACAGCAAAAAUAAGGGAAAAUAGAGCAAAGAAGGCAAAAUGUAAUGUUGAUACUGAUAACUAAUAAUUAAACAAAGCUUUGUCUUUAAAUAUACAAAUAUUAACAUUUUAAAAUAGUAAUCCCUCGUUUAUCAUGGUUAAUUGGUUCCAGAUCCGACCUUGAUAAGUAUGAUUCCUUAUUUAGAAAUGGAAUAUUUUCAUAGUUAGAGCAGAGAAAAUCUUAUUACAACCUUCUAAGUACGGGUUUUAAUAUUAGAGCCGUCUAGAUGUGAAAUAACACCCAUAUAUUCGCCUUUACACGCAUAUUAUGGGGAUCAUAAUAGAUGAAAAAAUGAGCUGGAAAUCUCAUAUUAAAUAUAUACAACAUAAGGUGGUGAGAAAUACUUCAAUAUUGAAUAAAGCUAAAUUUGUUCUUGAUCAAAAAUCACUCCACACUAUUUACUGUUCUCUGGUAUUACCAUAUUUAACUUAUUGUGUGGAGAUAUGGGGUAAUAAUUAUAAAAGCAAUCUUCACCUGCUAAAUGUGCUGCAAAGAAGAUCAGUGAGGAUAAUUCAUAAUGCCGCAUAUAGAGAACAUACAAAUCCCUCAUUUUUAAAAUCACAAAUAUUAAAAAUUGCUUAUUUUGUACAUUUUCAAACUGCUAAAACAAUGCAUAAAGUUAACAAUAACCUGCUACCCAAAAAUGUCAUACAAUACUUCUCUACAAGAGAGGAGAAAUAUGAUCUUUGAGGAAAACUAAACUUGAAACACAAAUAUGCGAGAACACUAAAAACCAACAGCAUUUCAGUAUGUGGAAUUAAAUUAUGGAAUGGAUUGAGUAAGGAACUCAAACAAUGCACCAACAUGAGCGAAUUCAAGAAACAAUACAAGCAGUUGAUGUUUGCUAAAUACAACACAGAAGGGUCUUGAACUUGUUUUGUUAUGCUUGUUUGUAUUGUAUAAUUACAUCAUCAUAUUGUGACACUGCCUUAUCAUUAGUCUAUGUAUUAAAAAAUCACAUAUGGAAUACAGGAAGGGAAUAUGUACUGCAUAAGAUGUGGAACGGAUGGGGGGGUAGGAUGAAAUAAGCUUUGCUUCUUCCUACUCCUUUUGGACAUGUGGAACUGUGAAUUGUAAUAUGUGAUGUAUUCCAUUGAAACUUGUAUGCAUGUUCAAAUAAAUUAAACCAUAAACCAUAUAACCCAAUAUACAGUAGUAGGUAUGAGGAAAAAAUAAGCCAUUUAAGACAAAUUUGUGAGUUUUAGCUUGUCGUGGGUUAUGGCUGCAC